AUGGCGUGGGUACCUGCACACGAAGGGUACAAAGAGCACGUAAUGUACCAACCUAGGAGAUGGUACAACGGCUUUCAUGAAGGACCGGACCAGCGAUCGGAGAUUGGUCCGGGGAACCCGUUGGUUCAUUUCCCUGGGGUUGAACAGAAGUUCAAUGCAAUGGCUCGCUACCUGGACAAGGUUGAAACCCUAGAACUGGUCAAGGUUCUUCAGGUUCCAUUGUCGAACAUGUCCUUGCAAGACGACAUCGACGGCUUCUGGUUGCGAGUCAGAAGGGCGAGGGAAGCUGUAGGCAGAGCAGAGAAUGAAUUGCUCUUCUUGAAGGAACCGUCUUUGGGCGACCGAUUUAGAAAAUUGAUAGAUGAACUAAAGCGUUUAUUAUUCGAAGAGGCGUACACCGAGGAAAGCAUGAUACAAGCGACGUUGGCAGUCGAGGCAGCGCUCAGCGCGGCGGCUGAUCAUAAGGCAACCAGUGGAGAGGUGCCUGACAACCCUGGCAAUAGUAUCGCAGAUGACAACAAUGAGCACACCUUUGACCCAGAUUUGCACCUACGAGCGCUCUCUGACACGGUACGCUCUGCUUGGUUUACCGACAACUUGACUUUGCAGCUAUACAGAAACCCGAAUAUCAGCACGAGUGCCUACUACGCAGAAUCUCGAACACCAGUCCUCGAUUCUCCUAACGCCUGUUCAGAAACCCAAACGCCUUCCCCAAUCCCCCAGUCAAGCGUGCAAUCAUCCACAAGCCAAGCGGCAGCAACAAAGCCUCAAUUCCAAUAUACGCCCAUCAAAAAAUCGACCGCGUACCCCUCAUUCUCACGACUCCAUUAUCUUAACGCCCAGCAGCAGACCCUGGAUUCUAGUCUCACCUUGUCCAAAUGCCGACUGUCUGCCCCCCAAUUCUCACAGUCCGCUAUCCAGAGCCAGAACCCCAAGUCCCGCCCACGGAUCGGCGAUUAG